AUGGGGUUGAAGGGGCAACAUAAUCAGCUCUUACUGGGUGCUAUGAAAGAGCACAAAUCUGUUGAUAUGAAGUGGUUAAGUUGGAACAUCAGAGGGAUUGGCAUGAAUGAGAAGUUGAGAAAAAUUAAGAAGGUCUUGGUAGAUAGGAAAAUAGAUUUGGCAUUAUUUCAAGAAACAAAAAAGGCAAGCUUUUCACGUGUGAAUGUUAAAAGAUUGUGGCCUAGAGACAAAAUGGAGUUCAUGGUUGUUGAUGCUGAGGGCAGGGCCGGGAGGCUGAUUUGUGUAUGGGAUCCUAAUGUGUUUCAGCUCUCAGAUUGUUGCAGCAAUAGGCAUUUCAUUCUGCUUGCAGGUACUGUUCUUAACUCAUUUGAUUGUGUUGUUCUUAAUGUGUAUGCUCCAAAUGACCCUGUGAGGAGAGGUAAAUUAUGGAAGAUCCUAGUAAACUUGAAAGCAAGUUUCACUAAACCUUGGUGCGUUUAUGGAGAUUUUAAUGAAAUUAGAUCAGUGGAUGAAAGAGUGGGUUGUUCAAGAAGGGAAAGAGGUAUAAGUAUGAAAGACUUCAAUGAUUUUAUAGAUAGGUGUGAGUUGACUGAGUUACCAAUGCUGGGUAAGAAAUUUACCUGGUGUAAUGCAAUUGAUGGCAAUAAAUGGAGUAAAUUUGAUAGGCUCCUACUGAGCCCUGAGUGGAUUGAAAGAUUCAAGCCCAAACUGUGGGGAUUACCUAGACACAUUUAUGAUCAUUGUCCUCUACUUUUAAUGGAGGACGUAAGGGAUUGGGGACCCAAACCCUUUAAGUUCACUAAUGCUUGGGUGUUGCACCCCAAUUUUGCAUCCUUUUUAGAGAGAGCUUGGCAAGAGUCACAGCUAAAUGGAAGAGCAUGUGUAAUAUUGCAAAGGAAAUUACAUGCAUUGAAGCUAGCAUUAAAGCAAUGGAGCAAAGAGUUGUUUGGUAAUGUCUCAGAGAAAAUUAAAGAAAUUGAGAGCCAGUUGUACUCAUUGGAUUUAUUGGCUGAAGAUAGACCCUUGGUGGAAGAAGAGCUAAAGCUAAAAAGAGAGACAAGUAGUCAACUAUGGAGGUUUGGUAGAAUGUUGGAAUGGUCAUGGCUGCAAAAGUCAAGAUUGGAGUGGAACUUAAAAGGGGACAGAAACACCAAAUUCUUUCAUGUGAUGGCGAACAGUAGGCAGAAUAAGAAUGCACUAAACUCUAUCCUAGUGAAGGGGUUGGUUGUUGAGGAUCUAGGGCAAGUGAAGAAUGUGGUAUGGGCACACUUCAACAGGCACUUUUCAGAAGCAUGGACGAUUAGACCUGUCUUAACUAGUGAUUCAAGAGUGUCAGAUGUAGUGAUUGGUUUCAGCAGCUGGAAGCAUAGUUUUCGGAGGAAGAGAUAUGGGCAACGGUCAAAGAGUGCAAUGGAAAUAAAGCACCAGGUCCCAAUGGCUUUAACUUAA